AUGUCAAAUCAGCAACCCCUUCAACAGUCAGCCUUGUUACGAAAUGGCGGCGAAGAUGGUGAAUCAGGCAACGAGGCUUCAUCCGCACAAGAGGACCGUACAAUCGCCGAGAUCCUCUCCGUGCUGCGAAAUCUUCGAAUAACAAUACCCACGACCCAGACCGAGCUUCACUCGCGACUAAGCACUGCCCGCAACAUCAUAGCAUUCCUCAACGGGUCUUCCUGGCUCGCGAGGCCAGACCGCUAUGACGAUCAGAUCUUCAUCAUUGCAGAGCUCCAGAACAUUUCAUACCACGACACAGACUUUGGCGGUGCGCAAGAUAUCGCCCAGUGGUGUGUACGCUCAUAUCUGGAACUUCUUGCGCAGAAUCGCGCUGAUGAAGCACCGGAAGUAUUAACGGGACUUGGGCACGCCUGGUUGCUCCGUGCUCAGCGAAUACUUGCCCGCAUUCAUCGCCAGGAGGGCAGCUCGAGUAGUGGCGCUUCCAGCGGUCAACGCAGUGCGGGCCGCGCAUAUUCGAUCACCUCCUCCGAGGAUGCAAGGGAGGCAGCGCGCCAGAACAUCGAGGCUGACGCGCGCGCUGGCGGACCGGACUACGUGGAGGCUCGAGGGAUGCUCCUACCUGCCACGGAACACUUCCAGCGUGCGGUAGCCGCAGCAGAACGUGCCGGACGGUCAAGCGGCGAUUGUCUGGCUUCGGUGAGUUUACUUGCUUGA